UCCAAAAAUCCUUAGAGAAAUUCCUUAUACUGGAUUGGGUAGAUUUGGUUGGCAUCUGUCUGUCGCCGCCAAUUGGAAGAGCUUGCUAAAACAACUUAUUUAUUUUUGUAGUCCACUCCAUUUGUUUUCUUUUAUUACAUUUGACCAUGUACGUGGAAAAAGGUAUAAUAUGAAUCGGUUGGGCUUCCCCCACUUUUGUCUGAGCGGUUAGAGAAAGCCAAGAGGAGGCCACACGUUUUUUGUUCAACAUCAUAACAAAUAUAGUAUAGUCCCACGAAGCUCUCACUUUCUUCCCACAUUUCCUCUCCCUUUCUCUGUUUCUUAUCUUACGAUGAAGAAUUGAAUUGGUUUUGGGGUUUGGAUUCAAUCUGAUUUGUUUGCGGAGAGAUUUGUGCUAUGGAUUGGAAUUAGGAGGGAAGGGAUGGCGUCGGAUGGGGGUUUGUUAAUCUCGAUGGAAUCGGUGGUGGAGGAUGUGAUAAAGCAGCAUUCGACGAGGUUCAGUGACAUUGACCUGACCACCAGGAGGGCCGAGGAAGCAGAGACAAGAAGGAAUGAGGCGGCCGCAUGGCUGAGAAGGACCGUAGGUGUUGUGGGAGCGAAGGAUUUGCCGGAGGAGCCUUCGGAAGAAGAAUUCAGGAUUGCGCUCAGAAAUGGAAUAAUCCUUUGCAAUGCCAUCAACAAAGUAAAACCCGGGGCAAUACCAAAGGUCAUAGAAGUUCCCAUUGAUUCACUUGUCAUCCCAGAUGGAGCACCACUAUCUGCUUACCUGUACUUUGAGAACAUUAGAAACUUUAUCGUGGCGCUUCAAGACAUGGGCCUUCCCACAUUUGAGGCAUCAGAUCUCGAAAGGGGAGGGAAAAGCUUUAGCGUUGUGGACUCUGUUCUGGCACUUAAAUCACAAGUUGAAGGCAGCCAAGUUGGCAAAAGUGGUUCUUCGAAAUUUGGUGGGAUGACGAGACCUGGAAGCUCAUCAAACCAUUUUAUGAGAAAAAGCUCUGAUCCUUUCAUGAAUUCCAUUUCUCGAGCUCAAACAUUACCUGAGAAAUCUUCUGAUGAUCUCUCCUCGGAAGAUAAUUUCAGUGGGGACAUGUCAGUGAAAUCAAUGGAAAUGAAAAGUUCGCAUUCUCUCAAUAUGUUGAUUCAUUCAGCUCUGUCUAAUAAGAGGCCUGAAGAAGUUCCACUUCUUGUGGAGACGAUAUUAAAUAAAGUGAUGCAAGAAUUUCAGCAAUGCAUUGCCAACCAGAAGAAGAUGGAGGUGCAAGGAAAUGCUUCUAAAAGUAACAUGGAAGAAGCAAACAUAAAGGAGAACGGUGAGAAUGAAUCAAAAGAAAGCCAUGUAAAGCAACAAGAAAAGGAAGUUGAGAUGAGAGAUUUAAAAGAAAGGCUUAUGCUUAUGGAGCAACGAUUGAAGCUAGAAGAGAAUUCCUUUCAAGAAGAGCAUUUUUUGCAGCAGCAUAGAGAAAACCCUAUGGAAGAAAUUGAUCUAACGGAGAUGGAAGAAAAAGCAAAGGAAGAGAGGCUUAGUAAGCAGCAUGCAAAGGAAAUAAAAAAGGAAUUGAAACAGAAGGCCUUAAAUGAGAGGCUUAUCAGGCAACAGCUAAUUUUUGAUCGUCAACAAAAGGAGAUUCAAGAACUGAAAUAUGCGCUUCGCUUUACUAGGACUGGUGUGGAGUAUUUGAAGAGACGUCACUCAGAAGAAUUUGGUAAUCUUGGAAAUAAACUAUGUGCCCUAGCAAGUGCUGCAUCAGGAUAUCAUAAAGUUCUUGAAGAAAAUAGAAAACUAUACAAUCAAAUUCAAGAUCUGAAAGGAAACAUUAGGGUUUAUUGCCGGGUGAGACCUUUCCUACCUGGUCAAAUGAGUACUAUGAGCUCUCUUGGUCGUAUUGAUGAUCAAAAUAUUACGAUAUUUACACAAUCAAAAACUGGAAAAGAUGCACGAAGAACUUUCACUUUCAACAAGGUUUUUGGCCCAUCAGCAACACAAGAGGAGAUUUUUUCAGAUACUCAACCCUUAAUUAGAUCUGUCCUUGAUGGUUACAAUGUCUGUAUUUUUGCUUAUGGCCAAACAGGUUCAGGAAAAACACAUACAAUGAGUGGGCCUAAAGAGCUCAAUGAGAAAACUGUUGGAGUAAACUACAGGGCAUUGAAUGAUCUCUUUCACCUUUCCGAGCAACGAAAAGAUACCUUUAUAUAUGAAAUCUCAGUUCAGAUGGUUGAGAUUUACAAUGAACAAGUUAGAGAUCUGCUUAAUGAUGGCCUUAACAAAAGAUUAGAGAUUCGAAACUGCUCAAAUAAAGGACUCAGCGUGCCUGAUGCAAACUUGGUUCCUGUUAGAUCAACAGAAGAAGUAAUUGAAAUAAUGAAUUUAGGCUGGAAAAACCGUGCUAUUUCAUGUACAGCUAUGAAUGAUCACAGCAGUCGCUCUCAUAGUUGUUUGAGCAUUCAUGUGCAAGGAAAAGAAUUAACAUCUGGUAAUACACUUCGAGGGUGCAUGCACCUUGUCGAUUUGGCAGGCAGCGAGAGGGUCGAUAAAUCACAGGUUAAAGGAGACAGAUUGAAAGAGGCACAGCACAUUAAUAAGUCCCUUUCAGCUUUAGGAGAUGUAAUAGCCUCCCUUGCUCAGAAGAAUGCUCACGUCCCAUACAGAAAUAGUAAACUCACACAACUGCUUCAAGAUUCUCUUGGAGGACAAGCAAAAACUCUAAUGUUUGUUCACAUAAGUCCAGAGGUUGAUGCUCUUGGGGAGACACUAAGCACACUCAAAUUUGCUGAGCGAGUAGCCACCGUUGAGCUUGGUGCUGCUAAAAUAAAUAAAGACAAUAGCGAAGUUAAAGAUCUUAAAGAGCAGAUAGCUGCUCUUAAAAUGGAAUUGGCUAGAAAGGGCGCAGGAGUGCCUCUCAGGCCUACAGUGUGCAUUCCCGAACUGUUGAGAUUGAAGACCGAUGUGGCUUCUUUGGAGUUGUUAAAUGAUGAAGAAGAUGAGAUGGGCCAUUCAACCAGCAGCAGACAGUCAAUGGAGGAAGCCCGUGACAUUGAGGUUAGAAGUAAUUCAAUAAGACAGAAGAAACCUGAAGAACCACAAGUCUCCAUGGAAUCUCCCUGGUCAAAUAGCUCUCCAGGGCUAGGUGAAGAAGACAUGAAGACAGGUUCUGGAGAGUGGGUUGACAAAGUGGUAGUGAACAACAGGAGCAGAACUCCUUCCAAAGAAGAUGACACGAUGCAAGAGCAAAUGCUGUUCCAAAGAUACUUAAAUGAAAUGAGAGUCUUUCCUGAGCAGCACGCGAGCAGCAGUGCUGCUGGGAAGAAAGGAGGGAGCCAUGAAUUGCAGCAGAACCGAUUUUACCCCGAUUUGGAGGAUUUUGAAAAUUCUGCAAGUGAUUCAUCAGAGGUAGAAUUGCGGAGUCGUUUGAGUGUUUCAAAGAUUCCUGGGAUGGCUGAAGUGGGUUUGUCCAAACUUAAGAGGCCUCAAACUAAGGGUACAAAAAGCAUGGAUGGAAGGAACUCGAGCCAUGGAAAUAUUCCUUCUCCCUCAAGAAAAGUGUUGAAUGGGGCAACCAAGAUGGCCAGCCGGACUAUGAGGCAGCCGGUUUCCGGUGAUGGGAAAAGGAGUGGCAUCAAGAGCAGUGCAAAAUAAGAGGUUUAUUUUGUUGCUGUAUUGGCUUUUUUGGUAAUGAAACUUGCACCAUAUAGCUUUUAGCAGCAAUUUUCAGAUUGUUUGUGUCCUUAUUGGCGCAUGAUUUUUUAUUGGUCAAAAGCUGGUAAUAUUUGUUUAUUAAUUAAUUUAUUUAUUUAUUUA